GAUAUUUGCUCUUCCACAGCUAAAUUUGACUGAGUUGCAGCGGGACAAAGCUAAGCAAGAAGCAAUGGAGUGGAAAGAACGUUAUGAUUUGGCACAAACGCAACUUCAUUUGUCCACCGAACUGCGCAAUUUAUCUAUACAAAAGCUGAAGCAACUACAGUCCAAAUUGCGUACAGAUUUAGAAGAUGUAGAAAAGGUAUUAUAUUUGGAGAAUGCUAAAAAAUGCAUGAAAUGUGAGGAGAAUAAUCGCACAGUCACUCUAGAACCAUGUAAUCAUUUUAUACUAUGCGACUCUUGCGCCUGCUCUGUGACGGAAUGCCCGUAUUGUCAAGUGUCCGUAGUUACAACACACACUUAAAGCAACUAACAACACAAAAAAAAAAA